CAACCAACAUGUUGGAUCUCUGUUUAGUUGUCACUGUGUUAACCACAACCAACAUGUUGGAUCUCUGUUUAGUUGUCACUGUGUUAACCACAACCAACAUGUUGGAUCUCUGUUUAGUUGUCACUGUGUUAACCACAACCAACAUGCUGGAUCUCUGUUUAGGGGUCAGUGCUCUAAAAUGAGUCUCUCUGGGGAGAGAGAGGAGGGGGGCCCUGCCUCUAAAAUGAGCCUCUCUGGAGAGAGAGAAGAGGGACCUGCCUCUAAAAUUAGUCUCUCGGGAGAGAGAGAAGAUGGACCUGCCUCUAAAAUUAGUCUCUCUGGGGAGAGAGAGGAGGGGGUCCCUGCCUCUAAAAUUAGUCUCUCUGGGGAGAGAGAGGAGGGGGUCCCUGCCUCUAAAAGGCGUCUCUCUGGGGAACAUCACACCAAAGCUAACAGCCCAAUCAAGCAGGAGAGACCAGCCUCCCCUGUUCCCAGCUGUGUGUCCAUGAAGAGUGACAAGUCUAUGGGUGUACCUAUAUUCUUCAGAGAGGAAGAUAUGUAUACUGAACAAAGAAACCAACAGGAGAGAUCAGAGUCAGAGAUUCUCAGUGUUCAGUCUUCCCAGAGUCAUCAAACAGACCUGGCCUCCAUAUUCAGUUUGCUUGAACAGAAUAUUAUGACAUUUGUGAAGAACGAGCUGAAGAUGUUCAAGAGGAUUCUUAGUCCAGAAUUCCCAGAAGGCUUUGAGAGUCUGAAGCAGGAAGUGGUGGACCCUGAAGAUGAGCAGCAGGAGAGCAGUGCCAGAGAGGGGGCUCUGAAGAUCACACUGCACAUCCUGAGGAAAAUGAACCAGAAGGAGCUUGCUGACACACUGGAGAAAUAUGAGCUCGCUGUGAUUUGCCAGCGUGAACUCAAAUCUAAUCUAAAGAAGAAGUUUCAAUGUGUAUUUGAGGGGAUCGCUAAACAAGGAAACCCAACACUUCUCAACAAGAUCUACACAGAGCUCUACAUCACAGAGGGUGGAACAGGAGAGGUCAAUAAUGAACAUGAGCUGAGACAGAUUGAGACAACGACCAGGAAACAAGCAAGACCAGAGACUGCAAUCAAAUGUAACGACAUCUUCAAACCCUUAACUGGACAAGACAAACCUAUCAGAACUGUGCUGACAAAGGGAGUCGCUGGCAUUGGAAAAACAGUCUCUGUGCAGAAGUUCAUUCUGGACUGGGCUGAAGGAAAAGCAAAUCAGGAUGUCCAAUUUGUAUUUUCAUUCCCUUUUCGGGAGCUGAAUUUGAUGAAAGAGGACAAACACACUUUCAUUGAACUUCUUAAUCACUUCUCAAUGGAAACCAAACAAUCAGGAAUCUCCAUCUACAACAAGUACAAAGUUCUGUUCAUCUUUGAUGGUCUGGAUGAGUGCCGACUGCCCCUAGACUUCCAGAAGAACAAGAUCUGUUGGGACGUCACAGAGUCAACCUCAGUGGAUGUUCUGCUGACAAAUCUCAUCAAGGGAAAUCUGCUUCCCUCUGCUCUCCUCUGGAUAACUACCCGACCUGCAGCAGCCAAUAAGAUCCCUUCAGUGUGUGUUGACCAGGUGACAGAGGUACGAGGGUUCAAUGACCCACAGAAGGAGGAGUACUUCAGGAAGAGAUUCAGUGAUGAGGACCUGGCCAGCAGAAUCAUCUCACACAUAAAGACAUCAAGGAGCCUCCACAUCAUGUGCCACAUUCCAGUCUUCUGUUGGAUUUCAGCAAUAGUCCUUGAACACAUGCUGAAACAUAAGAGAGAAGAGAUGCCCAAGACUCUGACUGAGAUGUACACACACCUUGUGGUGUUUCAUACCAAACAGAAGAAUGAAAAGUAUCUUGGGAAAGAAGAGACAGGUCCACACUGGAAUAAAGAGAGCAUUCUGUCACUGGGAAAACUGGCUUUUCAACAGCUUGUGAAUGGCAACCUAAUUUUCUAUGAAGAAGACCUGAAAGAGUCUGGUAUUGAUGUCAGUGAAGCCUCAGUGUACUCAGGAUUGUGCACACAGCUCUUUAAAGAGGAACGUGGGCUGUACCAGUACAAGGUGUUCUGCUUUGUUCAUCUGAGCAUUCAGGAGUUUCUGGCUGCUGUAUAUGUGUUCCUCUCUUUCAUCAACAACAAUGAGAAUCUAAUGGACAAACUGCAAACAAAAGACAAGUCUGUAGUUACUGUCUACAAGAGUGCUGUGGAUAAAGCCUUACAAAUUGAGACGGGAAACCUGGACCUUUUCCUCCGCUUCCUUCUGGGCCUCUCACUGGAGUCCAAUCAGAAGCACUUACGAGGUCUACUGACAAAGACAAGAAGCAGCUCACAGAGCCAUGAAGAAACAGUCAAGUACAUCAAGGAGAAGAUCAGGGAGAAUCCCUCUCCAGAGAGGAGCAUCAAUCUGUUCCACUGUCUGAAUGAACUGAAUGACCAUUCUCUAGUGGAGGAGAUCCAAAGCUACCUGAGCUCAGGAAGUCUCUCUGAAGUCAAACUGUCACCUGCACAGUGGUCAGCUCUGGUCUUUGUGUUGCUGACUUCAGAAAAGGAGCUGGAUGUGUUUGACCUGAAGAAAUACUCCAGAUCAGAGGAAGGUCUUCUGAGGCUGCUGCCAGUGGUCAAAGCCUCCAGAGCUGCUCUGCUGUCAGGCUGUGGAGUCACAGAGGAAGGCUGUGCUUCUCUGGUCUCAGCUCUGAGGUCAAACCCUUCACACCUGAGAGAGCUGGAUCUGAGUAACAAUGACCUGAAGGAUUCAGGAGUGAAGCUGCUCUCUGCUGGACUGGGGAAUCCCCACUGUAAACUGGAGACUCUGAGGCUGUCAGGCUGUCUAGUCACAGAGGAAGGCUGUGCUUCUCUGGACUCAGCUCUGAGGUCAAACCCCUCACACCUGAGAGAGCUGGACCUGAGCUACAAUCACCCAGGAGACUCAGGAGUCAGACUGCUCUCUGCUGGACUGGAGGAUCCACACUGCAGACUGGAGAAACUCAAGCUGUCAGCCUGUGGAGUCACAGAGGAAGGCUGUGCUUCUCUGGUCUCAGCUCUGAGGUCAAACCCUUCACACCUGAGAGAGCUGGAUCUGAGUAACAAUGACCUGAAGGAUUCAGGAGUGAAGCUGCUCUCUGCUGGACUGGGGAAUCCCCACUGUAAACUGGAGACUCUGAGACUCACUGGCUGUAAACUCACAGACACAUCCUGUAAAGUGUUGGCCUCAGUUCUCAUUUCAAACCCCUCACACCUGAGAGAGCUGGACCUGAGUAACAAUGACCUGAAGGAUUCAGGAGUGAAGCUGCUCUCUGAUGGACUGGGGAAUCCCCACUGUAAACUGGAGACUCUGAGGCUGUCAGGCUGUCUAGUCACAGAGGAAGGCUGUGCUUCUCUGGUCUCAGCUCUGAGGUCAAACCCCUCACACCUGAGAGAGCUGGACCUGAGCUACAAUCACCCAGGAGACAAGGGAGUCAGACUGCUCUCUGCUAGAUGGGAGGAUCCACACUGCAGACUGGAGAAACUCAAUGUGGAACAUGGUGGAGAGAACAGAAUGAAACCUGGGCUUAGAAAAUAUGUCUGUGAUCUCACACUGGACCCAAACACAGUAGACAGACUCCUCUCUCUGUCUGAGGAGAACAGAAAGGUGACAUGUAGGACAGAGAAGCAGACGUAUCCUGAUCACCCAGAGAGAUUUGAGGACUGUGGACAGGUGCUGUGUAGAGAGGGUCUGACUGGGCGCUGUUACUGGGAGGUAGAGUGGAGUGGAAGAGGGGCUGUUAUAGGAGUGACAUAUAAAGGAAUCAGCAGGAGAGGAGGGGUUAAUGACUGUUGUCUUGGAUACAAUGACAAGUCCUGA